AGGUAAUUAAAAUAUUCAGUACCUCAUUAUCCUGUUGUUCGCUAGCCCACCUUUUAUCUAAUAUAAAUAAUGGUCAACCAAAUACUUUUAAUUAUUUAAUAUUUGAUUAAUAUAUGUUCUCUUUUGAUUAAUGUUUCCUCAUCCAUGGAGUCCCUAUCAUGCCCAGCAGAUGAUGGCGAUAUUUCUCGCGGAGAGAGGAUUGGUCGUUGACCGGAAGUUAUUGUUGUCAGCAACAGUUGCUGUGUUUUCAUAUUUUCAAUCGUGAGUUUGGCAGUUGUGAAGCUAUUAUGUAUCGUUCGAUUCUGACCUUGGGUUGCAACUAAUUCAGUUUGUUCAAAAUUACAUAGGUCUAGCUAGCUACUUCCUACUGAGUUUUGUCGCGUUGUGCUUUCAACUGUUUAGAGGUGUUAGCCAGCUAACGUUAGUAGCUAGCUACUGUUAGCAUAAAGUCGUCAUUAAACAAGCGUGAAGCGGGAUAUUUGAAUGUUCGACUUCCUAAGGAAAAUGACGACAGUGGUUGUUUAUUUAUCUAUAUCAACUCCCACGGUUAGUAACAACUAUGUUAUGUGUAACGCCUGAUCGGGUCUGGUGUUGAGCAUACUAGCUAUCAUACUCUACUGCAGUGCUCGCUACUAGAUAAUCAACUGAGCGUCAGAGUCGAUUAGAUAUGGCUCAUACUCUUCUGAGCCGAUCAAAUGAACUUCUGAACUUUGCAAGGAAUAUAAACCUUGACGAAUCCACUUCAAGUUCUGAUGCUGGUGACGUCUUGAUUCGUGCAACAAAGAUUCACUUUCCCGAGCGGAGCUAUGACGGGCAGAGGGAUUUGGGGUCGUUGUCCACCGUAUCUAAUAAAACAGACAAUGUAAAGAUAACAGUGAAGAAGUCCUCUCUUCUUGACGAGCCACCAAAGAUCGAAAAGCAAAGACAAGCAAGGAAACAAGAGCACAGGCAUGUGCCUCCUGCCCUGCAAGCAAACCUGCCAUCAGUUUCACCCUCUGAGGGAACGAAAGCACGCAAAAAGAGUCCGAUAAAAAGAGUCCCACAAAACGAGUCCCAAGUUCCUAGUAUAGAUGGAAAAGAAACACCGACCUCUGUUCAACCUAAGGGCAGUGAGGAUAAAGACCAUGAUCUGCUAAUAUCCCGAUAUGCUGCUGGUGGCAAAGGGGCAAUCUUGGCAGCUCUAAGACAGAGGUCCCAGACUGCCCCCUUGAGGCGAGAGGUGAAGGUGCAGUUACUGGAACAGCGGCCACCAUCGAGCCAGGAGCCCCAGCCUGUUUCUGGCCUCUCAGGGGAUACGGGAGCUGCCUCCACUACAGCCCUGGUCACAGCUGCUGCCACAGCACCACUCAUCAAGGCUCAGAGUGACAUGGAGGCAUGUGUUUCCCAGGUGUGGGAGGGGCUACAGAGGCUGCUGGAGUCAGACAGGUACCCAGGCAGGGCUCAGGAGGCCAGAGAGGACAGAGCAUCAGAGAGGGUGACCCAGCUGGAGGAGCAGCUCAAUACCAUGACCCAGCAGAGACUACAGCACCUGGAGUGUAUCCAGAGCCAACAGAUGGAGCUGCAGAACCGUCUCCUGGGCUCUGCUCUGAGUGUUGUGACUGGCCACGCCCCUGUGCCCUCACCCUCCAUGCUGAACACUGGCCCUGCUGCCUCUGUACAUCCAGACCCUCGGCUUCCUCAGGACCUUCCCGGUCACGUUCAUAUUACCCACCUUGAUGCUGCAGACUCUUCCCCUGCUGUUCCAGCCACAGCAUCUCCAGACCCAUCUAGCCAGCAGAGGGGAGGAGAGGGUAAGAGCCCUCUGGAGACCCCAGCUCCUCGCAGGGUCAUUCCAAAGCCUACGCGCUGGAACACCACCAACGUCCGGAACACACAGAGCGCUACACAGCAGCACAGCUACAGGACACAGAAAACACCUCGCACAGCACAGCAAGGAAAUGGCAGACUUCUGGAGGCUAUCCCUAACAACAGUAACAGCUUGGCAACCAGAGGUGUGCAGCAGCAAUCUUCUGCAAGGGCUGCCAUGGCAACGCCCAACGACGGCUGCCAGCAACCAGCGCAAUCCAGGGAAGGCCAACACCAGCAAGAGGGGGUUAGAGAGCUGGUCAUUGCAGCAUUAGCGAAGCACAGCGACACAAAUCACCAAGGUAGAGGAGGAGGAGGUCACCAGCCAGGCCUCCCAUCAUCCUUUGGGGUUCCUGAGCAACCCAGCUCAGCCGUGAAACGAGCCAAUGAUACACUUCAGGAACUGGGACGCCUCAAAACUGAGAUGCAGACCCUGCUGCAGGCUCCCGAGGCUUUUCCUGCUGCAGUGAGCAGAGAGACUGUCAGAGAGACGGCAUCAGCCAAGACCAGCAACACCACAAGCAGCAGCAGCAGCAAGCAGCUCACUAUCCCCUCUCCCGCCAACAUGCACCACCACCCUCCUCCCUGCGUCUCCAUGGUCACCCCACCCUCCCCCCAACAGUCUCGGGAAGAGGUGGCCGUAGUGCUCCCUCCAGUCCUCCCCCUGCCUCACGCCAGGCCCACCCCCACCCUGCUGCAGCAGAGCCGGCCGUGCCCCUCCAUGUUUGAGGAUGCUGAGAGGGUCCUCCGGCAGGUCCAACGACACAAGAAGACCCUGGAGGAAAAUGUGGAGGCCAUGCUGAGGGCUAAGGACGGAGAGACCCUGCACUCCCAGUUAGAGGCACUCUCCUGCAACAGGGACACCACAGAAGAAGUCAGGAUCAAGAAGACUGUGGAUGCAUGGAUCAACGCCCUGAGCAAGGAUAUCCAGGCCGACAUUACGAAAGAAGACCUUGUUGCUCAGACGAGAGCUAAAGUCAGAGAGUCCUCUACUGCUGCCGCCGUGUUGCCCCAGAAAGACAGAGGGACCAAGAAGGACACCACCACCUGUAGGCUUAAUGACGUGAAGAGCAGGAGUCAGACUGGGGGGCCUCGAACAGCAGGAAGUAAGCCCUGUCAGAGAGCCGGCAGAGGACAGACAGAAAGCACCGAGGAGCUGAACAACAGACGCAAACACACCGCUGGACCCAGUGUGAGGCUGAGACCAUCUCCAUCUCAUCAGGUGAGUCAGUGUGGAGAGAUGAUGUCAAACCAGGACGGAGAGGAGUAUUUGGUGAAACUGUAUGGGAAGGCUCUGUACGAAGGCAAUCGGAGGACACUGAAGAAAGGGCCCUAUCUCCGAUUUAACUCUCCCUCCCCAAAGUCCAAAGCCCCGCGGCCAAGAGUGGUAGAGAGUGUGAGAGGGGUGAAGAUGAAGUCAUCGAAGACCCAGACCAAUCUCCCCCAUGGACGGUCAGUCUCCUCUCCCCUGUACCCGGCCAUACCCAAUGAACCUCAGUACAUCUUCAGCCCGACCCGUGGAGGAGCCCAGUACCACCCUGGGACCUCGCUGGAGGGGUACCUCAUCCCCAUGGCCAUCCCACUGGGCCAGCCCAGAGUGGAUGGAUUGGCCCCCCAGCCCUCCCGUGUACUCAUCAGUGACCGGCCAGUGACCACCUCCAUGCCCCCCUCCCCACCCAGACCGGCCCCCGCCCCCCGCAAACCCACCGUGGCCGUGCCGGAGGUGACGUCUGGCCCGAGGAGAAGACGAGCACAGCUUCAAGUGCAAGUUCAGCCCAGUGUGAAUAUCGAACCCCACACGCCAACCCCAUCCAGAGCCCAGCUCCCUCUCCACCACCACCUCCUGCUGCUGCUCCUCCAGACAUACAGAGUGUGGAGGGGAGGCAUGAUGAAGAGAUGGAUGAUGAGGAGGAGAGUGUUUUCCCCGGAACACAUUUCUUGGAGGUUGCUGACAUUGCCCAGGAUCCAGAGGAGGAGGAGGAGCUCCAUGAUGGUCCUAUAGAACUGAACGGUCUGGCCUCUCCUCCUACUGCUAUGUACCACGGUCCUGUGUUCCCCUGCUACCCUGCAGAGCCCCUACCACCCCCAGACCCUGUCCUCAGCUCCAUCCAACACAGAGAGACCCUGGAGAACAGGCUGGU